AUGCAUUCGUUAAAAGAAGAAUUUCUGAUCCGUCUCACCAACGAAGACUUGAAUGCUAGCAAUAAGAUCACUGUCAUUGGCGUUGGUGCUGUUGGCAUGGCUUGCGCCUUCAGCAUACUCAACAAGGAAUUGGCCGAUGAACUAGUGCUCAUUGACGUAGUUGAGGAUAAGUUAAAAGGGGAGAUGAUGGACUUGCAGCAAGGAAGCUUAUUCCUAAAGACUCCCAAUAUAAUCGCUGGAAAGGAUUAUGAACUUACUGCAAAUUCCAAGCUGGUUGUGGUAACUGCUGGCGCUAGACAACAAGAAGGGGAAAGCAGACUAAAUUUGGUGCAACGUAAUGUCAAUAUCUUCAAGUUUAUCAUCCCCAACGUAGUUAAAUACAGUCCAGAUUGCAUCCUACUAAUUGUGUCAAAUCCUGUUGAUAUUCUAACCUAUGUCGCAUGGAAAUUGAGUGGGUUUCCACUCAAUCGUGUGAUUGGAAGUGGAUGUAAUCUGGAUUCCGCAAGAUUCCGCUAUCUGGUCUCAGAAAUGAUUGGAAUUCACCCUUCAAAUUUCCAUGGCUGCAUCCUAGGUGAACAUGGCGACUCCAGCGUCCCGAUACUAAGCGGGUUAAAUAUAGCAGGGAUGUCUAUUAAAAACUUGCAUACCGACAUAGAUACAGUUUUUAUCAAAGAUAUGUGCAAGGAUGUUCAUAAGAAGGUCACUGAAAGUGCGUAUGAAAUUAUUAAACUGAAGGGAUACACUUCUUGGGCCAUUGGUCUAUCUGUGGGCGACUUGUCUUGUAGUUUGAUUAAGAAUCUCAGAAAAGUACACCCCGUGUCCACUCUAGUAAAAGGACAAUUCGGUAUUGACAAUGAGGUGUUCCUUAGCGUCCCUUGCGUCCUUGGUCGUAAUGGAAUCUCAGAAGUCUUCAAACCAAAACUAACUGUGGAAGAGGAACAACAAUUGAAGAACAGUGCAGAAACCAUAUGGAACACACAGAAAGAUAUCCAACUAUAA